UGUGAUUCUCGACCGGUUGGAGAGAAGAAGACGCUUGUUUUCCAUAGAGGCAGGGCACCUAAUGGUGAGAGGACUAAUUGGGUCAUGCACGAGUACACAUUGCACGAAGAGGAACUCAAGAGGUGCGGUGGCGGAGAUGUUAAGGAUGCUUAUGUUCUUUACAAGAUUUAUAAGAAAAGUGGGUCUGGUCCUAAGAAUGGUGAGCAAUAUGGAGCUCCUUUUAUUGAAGAAGAAUGGGUUGAAGAGGGUGAUGAUGUUGAUGAGCCUGUAGAUGUUCCUGGAAAUCAGCUUAUUGUUUCAGCUGAUGUUGAUACUAAUAACUUAUGGGCCAAGGGGAUUAGCCAAUCUGAGUUGGAUGAUAAUGAUAUUGAAGAGCUGAUGAGACAGGUUAGCGAUCAGCCUGGUCCAACCAUGCAGCUGAAUGGGGUUUCCGGACUGGACUCUCAUGUGA